GGCAAAAGCGAACUACUGCCUGAACACUCAAAUUAAAGAGGCUAAUUUGCUUUCCGCACAAUGCUAUUCCUAAUUUGUGCAAGCCACAUUGAUCUGCAGUCUUGCGAGCCAGACUGGCUUCUGGCCCGGUCAUGGCCCCUUCGGUACAUAAGGAGUCCACUGGCACCUGGGGACCACACAGAGUUUUGCCUCUUGCUGUGCUCUGUCUGCCUCACCUUCUCAAGUCCCUAAUUCUACACAGCUCCGCGGAUCGCAUAUCCCCCAGAGCAGCCAGGUUCUGGCAGAGGUGCUAUACUCAUCAGUACCUCUCUUCUCAACAUCAGUUUUCUUCACCUUUGCCUGCCUCGAAAAAAUUGUCACCAAGGGCAGCACUAACAAUGGGAGAUUGGCAUGGCGUUGGAGAUUCACAAUCAGGUGUUUGGUGGCAGCUGCGGCGGAUGCGAUCAUCCUCGCCCUCUCUGCUCAACAAGGAGGCAGUCUUCAUACAGCAGAUGGCAGGCUUCUGUACUUAUGCGCCUCGGGCCUUGUAUGGCUAGUGAUUCUGCUCCAGUUCUAUCGAUUCCAAGACGCCCACUGGCUAUCCAUUCUACUGUACCUGGAUGAUCUAUCUGACUGCCAAGUUUCUGCUCCUUGGGGUUUUCGUGUGGCAUCAUAUUCCACACCCAACCAUGAAGAUUUUGUUCUGUGGCUUCAGACUUACAUUCCUCAUGAUGCUCAUGUUGGCCGCUCUCAUCACAUGUCUCAGGAUGACCAAGGGAAACCUACCCGAUGCGGAGACCACACCUCUACUGGCAUCACAGGGAAGCCAAAACCAAUCUUGUGAGCCACAAGGGAUUCAUGAACCUAGCACUAAAAAUCACCUUCUAGCUGUUUUGAUUUUCUUCAAGACAAUGUUUCAUUUCUUUUGGCCAUCUGGGAGACCAAGGUUCCAACUCCUCUAUCUACCCAUCAGGGGAAGCUUGGUUGCAGAGCAGGCAGUGAACAUAAUGAUGCCCAUCCAGCUUGGGCUGAUGACAGAUAUGCUGGCGAAACCUAAUGGAACUUUUCCUUGGGAGAAGGUGAUGGCAUUCAUGUUGCUGCAGUGGCUUGUGUCUAGUUUACCAACACUCAGGGGGCUCUUAUGGGCUCCCCUUGAUAACUAUUCAUACCAGGAGAUCAGCACCACAGCAUUCAACCAUAUCAUGUCCUUAUCAUGCGACUUUCAUGACAAAAAUGCUUUUACCGACCUUGGGACAACCAUUAUGCACGGCCGACUCUCUUAUCAUUACUAUUAAUUCCAAUUAUAGGAAUCUUUGUUAUUUUCUUCCUAUUCUAAUUAUUAUUUAUUUUUU